AUGAAGCAACAAAAUCGGGCUGAAGAAGCCGUUGAAGCUAUUAAAUCUUUGAGAAGUAGGUGUUCAGAUCAAGCACAAGAAGCUCUUGACAACAUUCUGUUGGACCUAUACAAGAGAUGUGGGAGAUUGGAUGACCAAAUAAAGCUGUUGAGGCACAAGUUGUUUUUGAUACAACAAGGUUUGGCCUUUAAUGGAAAGCGAACCAAGACAGCGAGAUCCCAGGGGAAGAAGUUUCAGGUUUCUGUGGAGCAAGAAGCAACUAGAUUACUGGGGAAUUUAGGGUGGGCGCUGAUGCAGCAAAAUAACUACAUUGAAGCAGAAGAUGCUUAUAGGAGAGCACUAGUAAUUGCACCAGACAAUAACAAGAUGUGCAAUUUGGGCAUUUGUUUGAUGAAACAAGGGAGAGUUGGCGAAGCGAAAGAGACACUUCGGAGAGUUAAACCAGCAGUGGUAGAUGGCCCUAGAGGUGUAGAUUCCCAUCUCAAGGCCUACGAAAGAGCACAACAAAUGCUCCGUGAUCUCGAGUCUGAAAUGAUGAAUAAAGGUGGUGAUAGAAUUGAACAAAGCAAGCUAUUUGAUGCAUUCUUGGGCUCUUCUGCUAUAUGGCAGCCUCAGCCUUGCAAGGAACAUAAUAGCAGCACUUUGAGUAGUAAUGCCAAGUCAAUCCAACCUCAAGAUGAAUUUGCUAAUGAGAACAUCAAUUCUACUAACAUCAUUACAAACCAGACAGUUCCUUCACUGCAAAAGAGCAUGUUGAAACCAUAUAUGAACCUCAAUAUCGACGCUCCACCAUUUUAUUCAUCCAAGAUUAUGAAAGAGCCGGCGAGUACCCUGUUACCAGAAGGUCUUAAAAGAACAAGAUCUGGAAAUGCAGCUAACUUUAUGAGAAAAGAGUCUCAGGGAACAUUCAGAGAACCAGAGAAUAAGAUGAGAAAGCAGUCAAUUUCACCAGAGAAAACAGAGGAUAGAUGGGCAGGAUUGCUGCCUGAUAGCAAGGAUUUUGAAGAGGCUAUAAUUGCUGCUGCUCUGGGCUCAAGUGAAGAAACAUUCAAGCCUAAAGAUAGUGGAAUCCCUCCAAGGAAAGUUGACAAAAGAUUGAGGGUUUUUCAAGACAUUACCUUGUCUAUGAGUCCACGAGCCUGACUAACAUUAUUGAUUUUUAACUAUGAUUAGUAAUCUAAUUGCAUUUUUAAAUUAAGUAAGAUCAUUGAUUUUUAACAAUCAUUGGAGAUAAACUUGUUCUCCUUUACUCAUACUUCCUCAAGGAGGUCGUCUGCAGUAUGUUGGUAACACCCUAAUGUCUUUAGGCAGGGUAUAAUUAUUGUUAUUUGGUGCCUUUGGAAUUCAGACAUCUUUUAUUUUUGCCUAUAUGGCAACUAAUCUUCAAUAAAAAGUUAUUUCUUCUUUCUCAUGUAAUUGGCUUAGUUUCUGUUCUCUUUUCUGACC